AUCUCACAAUCCUCUGUUGUUCUGAGGGGAAACGACGAAAAUGUAGCAGUAAAUCAUCACUGAAUGAUCAUGAAUUUCUCGAAAUUUGUUCUAUCUGCCAAGAAGCUUCAUCUCCGGGGAAUCAAAUUCAAACUGAGGAAGAACACUGACUCAAUCCUAGACAUAAGCUACGUAGCUUUCAUUGCUUGUCUUAUAAAUGAAAAGAGCGAUGCAGCGUUCCUUAGCGAAAGGAGAAUCCUCGAGAACUAUUUUGGAACAGAGGAUGAUGUAUCUCGGUUUUAUAAAAGUAUUGGUAAAGACAUUGCCCUAGAUUUAGAGAAGAGUUACUUAGCAAAGGUGUUUGAAGGAGUUAACCAGUAUACUUCUAAAGGAUUCCAUGUUCACUGCGCAGAGUUUAUUCACACGCAUUUCGAUAGUCCAUGGACAUUUGCAGCCUUGUUGCUUCUUAUAUUUGCGGCUUUGCAAGUCUUCUUCGCAACUUAUAGUUAUUUCCUUCCUCCAGAAGGAACGUGAGAGGUGCUUUGUACACAUAAACACAUUGAAUGAUUCUUUAAGUUAAGUGUUCUGAUUCUUGAGUCAAUCCUUUGCUACUUUCUUACCACUUUUGAUAUUUUUAACCUUAAGACAGAUAUGCUUGCAUUAAUAAAAAUGUACGUAACUA